AUGAUGAAUAGCGACAUCUGUAAACGAAGUAAAUGGCAAAAAUUCCAUUCAUUUUGUAAAAUUCAACAAUUGUAAUUGGUAUUUAAACGUCAAUAUCAUCAAGCAAGUCAUAGGAAUUUUGAAAGUAAUAUUGCGAUAAGAAUUUAAACAUGACACACAAUUUUUUUAUAAAUCUUACAUACUUCACUAUAUCAUAUUGUAAAGCAAUUAAAUAAAUUUUUUUUUAUUUAUUAAUUUGAAAAGUCACUGAAAAGUUGUUAUUAUAUAUUAUGUGGAUCAAUAUUCAAAUUGAUAGUAUAUAGAAGUACAUGAUAAAAUAUAAAUUUGACAUUAAAGUAUAUCUUAUACAAUUAUAUUUGUGAAAAUUUUGUUUUAUAUUUAAGAAUGAUAGACUUAAUUUUAUCAAGAAAUAAUGUCUUUAUAUGGAAUGCAGAAGGUAACAAUUUUGUUAUUAUUUUUAGGAUUGAAGUGUAUAAAUGUAAUUAAAAGCUUUAUUUUUUAACAUAAUAUAUAAAUUUUUAUUUUUAUUUUGUUUUUAGAUUGGUUGAAACUUAGAAAAGAUUAUCGAAUAAUUGGUGAACUCAUAGGUUGUCUUCCAAAGAAACCCAGACAAGAUAUAUUUUUAGGACUUCCAUUACUAUUGCAACCAGAAGAAGUAUCUUUUUUACUUGAGAAAGGUAUUGCACGGGUUGUACAAUAUUCAUGUCUUCAAAAACUACCAUCUGAUUCUUUGAAACAAGCUUUUGAAGAAUACAGAAAUACAUUGUACAUAGAACAAGAAAAGUGUUUAAGGAAAGAAAGGCAAAAACAGGUGAUUGGUAUGAUGGAUAAAAUUAUAGAAGGAAAAAAACGAAAAAUGCUUGGAAUAGAUACAAAAAAGAAAAAAGCAAUAAAAUCAUUAGAUCCAAAAGUGCAAACAUCAUUUGAUAAUAUUGAAAUAAAUAAACAAGACUUAUUAGAGGAAGAAAUGGCAAAAUUAUCCAAAUUAGACAAAAAUGAAGCUUUGAUUCAAAUCCAUACAGUGUACCCAUGGACAAAUAAAGAUGAUAUAGAAAUAGUGGAAUGGAAAUAUCCUUCCACUGAGAAACAACAACUUCGAUAUAAAACAUUUAAAGAUUUAUGGGAAAAGGGAUACUAUUUAACAAAUGGAGAAAAAUUUGGUGGAGAUUUUUUAGCAUAUCCUGGUAAUCUGGAAUAUAUAUAUAUAUAUAUAUAUAUAUAUAUAUAUAUAUAUAUA